AUAAGACUGACGCGCGUGCGCAUUUCCGUCACCCGGAGGUGGGGAUGCGGGAGUUGUUAAGGAGCCGCCGCUUUUUCCAUUCUGGAGUGUUUUUCCGGUAGCCGCUUCAGGUCUGUCAAGAUAUCGUUGCUGAAGAUGACCAGUUGGAUUCUGAAUUAACACCACUUCCAAAUUCCUGUCCACUUUUUCUAAGUGGGCAAAACCUAUUCAAAAAUGGCAACUUUGCCAAGUACAUCCACUGGGCCUCCACCAUCCCUCACGGAUCCAGGAGUGGCUGUGUGGGAGUGGCAGGAUGAGUUUGGCAGGUGGAGGCCAUACCGAAGUAGCGUGUGCAGCUUCAUUGAGCAGUCUUUCCAGGUUCUCAUGGUGAAAGGUCGGCGAUCACUGGGAACCUGGCCUGUCAAUGGCAGCAUACCGUUGGGACAGGCUGAUUCAACUCUGGCUCCCUACAUAAUUGACCUGCCGAGUCUCACCCAGUUCCGUCAAGAUACAGGGACCAUGAGAGCUGUACACAGACAUGUCUUCCAGCUUGAUUCGGCACCUGGACAGGGAGUCGUUUGGGAGUGGCAGAACGAUGAAGGAAACUGGUUUCCCUACGAGAUGAAUGUUUGCGUAUAUUUGGAGCAAGCUUUCUCGCUCAAUAGCCCUCAGGUGGAUCUUGGGCCCUUUGGUUACAAUUAUGGGAUUGAUUUUGUAUCACAAACUCAGACCAACAAAACCACUGGGUACCAGCGAAGAAUCCGUCGGUGUGUGGACUCUCCAUACCCAGUAGCCACAACCCCAGGGCCUGCUCACAGCGGGCCCACCUGUUCAUGCCAACAGUGCUUGUUGAAUAGUGGAACUGGCCCCAUAACCUCACGGUAUCGGCACUCAAUGGUGAAUCUUCCUGGACAUUCAUCAGGGACGACUCCCAAAUUCCUUACUGGUAUACAGGGGGCCAAUAGAAACUCAGGACUCGGUGCUUCUCUGGUGGGCUUUGUGCCUUACAAUAAACCAGCCCUCUCUGGAGCAAGAUCAAUGCCAAGACUGAACAUGCAGAGUGCAGGGUCAGCAUCACAAACUGCAGCCACUGGUGGGCCCAGCUCAGCACACACAGCAUCCAAAGGAACCAGGUAUGCUUUCCUAAGGGCCUUCCAGCUUUGUUGGAUGUCCAUGUCCCAUCCUGUACCAAAGUUACCAGUGACCAUGUCCAGACCCAGCAAAGUGAAUGAAGCUCUGGCAGGCAUGAUGGCCUUUCUGAUGUCAGUCCCUGGAUUUCCUGUGCACCUCACCCAAGCGCCUCAGCCUGCCCGUGCCCAUAGAGCCUCUAAAAAACUCUGCUCAGUUAAGGGAAGGAGGAGAGUGGUCACCAAAGAUAGCAAGACCAGGCCAGAAGAGGUUGUGAAGAAGUAUCUGGAAGAGCUGAAGACACCUCCAGUUGAUGAGGACUGCAUCAUCUGUAUGGAAAAACUGGGUGCCCCUUCAGGGUAUAGCGAUGUCAAUGAGAGCAAGACAAUCCAACCUGGAAGUGUGGGGAGGCUGGCCAAAUGUGCUCAUACCUUUCACCUACUUUGUGUGCUGGCCAUGUACACCAGUGGCAACAAGGAUGGCAGCUUACAGUGUCCCUCUUGUAAGGCCAUCUAUGGUGAGAAGACAGGCACACAGCCCAAUGGCAAGAUGGAUGUUCACAAAUUCUCAGAGUCUCUACCAGGGCACGAGGACUGUGGGUCAAUACAGAUUACAUACAAUAUCAACAGAGGCAUUCAGGGUCCAGAGCAUCCCAACCCAGGGCUACCAUACACUGCAAGAGGAUUCCCACGAUAUUGUUAUCUACCCGAUAGUGAGAAGGGACGAAAGGUGCUGGAACUUUUAAAGGUGGCGUGGAGAAGGCGCUUGAUCUUCACUGUCGGAACAUCUAGCACAACUGGCGAGAACAACACUGUGGUGUGGAAUGAGAUCCACCACAAGACGGAGAUGACCUCCAAUGUCUCAGGCCAUGGCUACCCAGACCCUAACUACCUUGACAAUGUGCUAGCGGAGCUGGCAGCUCAAGGGGUCACAGAAGAUUGCCUGAGUCCAUGAGUUUAGCCUCCAUCUUGGGCUGGAGCUGCAGUCAAAAGUGGAGUUCGCCUUCUCUGUGACUAUGGGUGCCUCUUGGUUGAGGAUGGCAGCUACAAACCCCCACCUCUGUUGCCUUACGUUUGCUUGCCCUUUUGCUGAGCAAUAACACAGUCUCUGGGAUUGCCCAGUAUGACUGUGAGGAGAGAGUUAGAUAUAUAUAUAAAAAGAUAUUUUAACGGCAUUUACAGUCCUGACACAGGUUAGUCAUAUACAAUAAACCUCCCAUCACUAGAUAAAACACAUAAGAGAAGGGGUCUCCAACCUUGGUCCCUUUAAGACUUGUGGACUUCAACUCCCAGAGCUUUGCUGGCUGAGGGACUCUGGGAGUUGAAGUCCACAAGUCUUAAAGGGACCAAGGUUGGAGACCCCUGCAUAAGAGGAUGGUGGCUUAAUCCUCAAAUUGUGUCCUUCCAUAUGUGGUUGCAUGGAGGUUGAAGAUACGCCAAGUGGCUGGAAGUGAAGGAACACACUUUGUUCGCUGUUACUUUCUAUCAAAACUCAGAACCAAGGGAUGAUAUUUCGUUGCUUCAGUGCAUUAAGAAAACAUGUUGUUUAGCAUCAAAAUCAGUAUUGGAAACUGAAGCUAUAUCUAUAGCAGCUUUGCACAAUUUGCUGUCAAAGUCUGAUAGAAUAUAAUUAUGGCUAUGCCUAUUCCAAAUAGUAUCACAGUGGGCGGGUAGCACAUAGCAGCUUGGAUUUUGAAAGAAAGCCAAGUGAGGUGGGGAAUCAUCUAUGCUUGCAUAAGAGGCUAGGAUGAAGUCCCAGGUCUGUAAGCUAGGGUAGUUUGGGAAGUUGAAAAAAAAAAUCAUGAGAAGGCCAUUUCUGUCCUGUUGCCAAGGAAACUACUUGGACUUGGCCAGGAGGAAUUGGUCUUGACUAGACUUUCUAGGUUUCUUUCCAGUCAAUCCAAGAAAGAAGGAAUAAAAGUUGUAAUCCUAUCAAAAGACAUGAGUGUGGAUAGGGAGAAUUGUCACUUUUAUGCAAGGCAUUUGCAGUCAUUCUAGCUGGCACCUACAAUUCCCCAAAUACCAUUCAAAAAUUAAUUUUAAAAAAUGUAAAUGCAGCCACAUGAGCCUUCUGCGCUCUCGUGAAAACUAUUGGGCAUUUUCCUCUGAAAGUUUGUGAAUCUCAUAGUUUGGUAAACUUUUAAAUUGAUGGUUUUUCUUUUUGCUGUUCUUUGGCUCUGAUACCAUGUACAACCACACAGCAAUGACCCAAAAUUGCUAAUUUCCGAGGCAUUGCCCGUAAUUCCAGAAUUUUCAGUAUCGGUUAGCUUUUCGUGAUAUCCAGGCCCAGUAAAAUAAUAUUUCAGUAUUCCCAUUUUACAGAUUUUUUGAGUGCGCGGUCAAGAUCACACUUGGGUAUAUACUUCAAUUUAGGGCUGCAUGCUGCAGCUUUAAGACUAAAGCCCUGAAAUAUUUCUGCUUUAUGUAAUUGGAGAACCAAUCUUUUUUUUUUUAAAUGUAUCAGCAAAAACUGGAUUCUAUAAAUUGCAUAAAUCUUCAUACUGGGUAACUUUAUUUUGCAUAAUCUACUGCUGCUGAUUUUGUUCAACAUGGACGGAAGUAAAGAUUGAGGCAGAGUCCUGAAAUACAUUUUAUACAGUUUCGUUUGGGA